GGCACGCAGGUAGGCAGUUCCGCGUUAUUAUCUCUCGGGGUGUAAUCGCGACAAGUUUUACGAGUAACGCAAUUAUUUCUCGCGAACGAGCAACGCUUCUUAACACGUUCGUUACAUGUGUGCGACGAAACCGAUUCUCACGAGAAAAUCAUAUUAUAGAUAUGUGAGUGACACAACUUUAUAACGUUAUACACUCGGUUAUACAUGUAUGACGUUUUAUGCAUUAUAUACUCAUGCAGUUGCCUAUUUAGCGAUGGCGAACGUGUUAAGCGUGUGCGAUUUGCGACGAUUAAGAAACUUUUACGAUUCGUAAUGAGAAACGGUUCACGGCGACGACUUUUUAUUGUCUUUCGGGGCGCAAUCGAGCCGAGUAUUACGAGCAACACGAGAUCAUUCCUCGUGAACGAAGUUAACGAUCGCGGACGGGACGACGCGACGGGAGUGCCGUGCAGAGUAUCGCGCGAUCGUUGUAUUCUCGAGAUCGAUGUACGUGCGAUGGCAAUUAAUCGUGUUCGCGAGUGAAUAUUGUGCGACCGCUAUGAAGAAAUCUGAGAGGAGGAGAAGGCGGCCUGGGAGGCUUCGGGCAACGG